AUGCCGGCGAAACGUCUGGGAAUGUACCAGGUCCACAGUCCUACUCUGGAAAUGGUGAUGCAUACAAUGGACUCCGGAAAAGACCCAUUUUCCAUAUUACCUCCAGCUGGUGAUCGGACUUCUAUCGCUGGCCCCAGCACACCCAGUGUGCCCCGUACAGCAAUCUACCAGUCAACUGCAGGAGGCAGUGCUAACGCCGCUAGCAUGGCUACACCUGCCUCACAGGCCGAGUUCGCCUUCUACCUUCUCCAUUCGCAUCUCAUACCAAGCUGGACGGUCCCUCUGUUGCUUCAUUCACUCACCUUUCCCGGCAGCAUGUUCGUAUUCUGGCGCCUAGUAGAGUUCGAAUUCAGUCAGGCUGACUGGCGCGUCCGAUUUGAUGCUAUCGAAAAAGCCGGUCUCCUGUUAGCUGAAAUGGAUGAUCUUGUUUUAACUGGUCACUUCUCGGGAGUGGCCAAAGACAAAGUCUUGGCCAGAAAGCGCCGUCAGACAACUGCACCAGACCUUGUUUCACCAAAGCGAGCCAAGCUAGGCAUCAUCCUUAAAGAGAAGAAGAACAUCUAUUGGUUUAACGACAUCUAUAAACCACUUCACUUAGAUAUAUUGGCCUUCGUUCAUUUGCCUAUCUCCACUGCGAUACAACUUUAUUUUUUAUCCCUGUUUAUUUUGCAUCGAAAUCAAUCUUAUUUGCUUCGGCUGAAGAUGGUGGCUCAGGUGCAGGUUUUCGUGCGGCCGGCAGAGGACCUAUCGCAGGAAAGGGAGGGGCCCCGCUAA